CCUAAUAAAUCCGGAUCCAGCGAGUGCGAGACACCCAUCCUAAGAUUGCGGCGGCCGGGGGGCGCGGCGGGCCCGUGCACUCGGUAGCGGCUGCGGGGAGCGGCGGCCCCGCACCGUGCACAAGAGCGGCGACUAAAGAGCCUACAAGGAGGCGGCGCGGUACCGGCGUGCAGCCCCUGCUCCGCGUCAAGGGUUUGGCGGAGGUGGCACUGCGAGCAAUCGAGGGAGAAACGAGAGGGGCCGACGCCUUCUUGCGUUUUUGCCACGGUGUGGAUUGCAGUAGCGACCAGGCUGGUGGCGACGACCAGGGCCCCUGCUCCUGGCUGCGCAACAGGAACAAGCGAUUGGCUGCCAAGGUGAUUCUCCGGGCGAAGAAGCCGCCAAACCAUCCCUUUUCCUGGGUGCAGUUGUUGCUCAUCGCCAUCUACCUUCUGUAAUCCCAUCUCCUACAAUCUUCGCGUUUACGAUCACUGUCACCUCCUUUCUUAGUCAGCACGGAGGCAGUUGUGGUUGUCUGAUACGAGGCGAUGGCUGCUGCACCCAAUGCCUUCUCGGCUCAUUUGGAGAAGUGGAUCGUUGAGCAGAUAAAAGAUUCCAUCUUUUUUGUGAAUGUCUUUCCCAACUUGAACUACAAAGAGGAUUUGGAAAAUCUUAUGGCUGCGGUGAAAACUGUUCCAGUGAAGAAAAGAGAAGAGGUGCUGAAACAGGGACAAUGUGGCACUGGCUCUGUUGUGGGAGUUACAGAAGAUGAAAUCACCAUCCUAUCAAGUGCCCAUCUCAUUGAGCAUGUCUUCACAGUUUCAAAGCCCAUUUCCGUUCGCGACGCCAAUACGUAUUUCUAUACAGAUGUACUUUGCGAUCACUAUGAGGCUAGUUUCAGUGAACCUGGGCAAAGGAGACAUAGUGAAAGGCAGUAUGGCGCAGCUACAAUUAUUGGCAUAGAUUGUGCACAGGACCUGCUCCUCAUCUCCGUCCCACGAGUGAAUAUCAGGAACUUGGCGAGGAAGUGCACUUCCAAUCAUCCUCCUCUUACCUUCAGUUCAGUCCCUCCAGUGCAACUUGAUGAGUGUGUUAUGCUCUCGUGGCCUCCAUUGCAGCACCGGACUGUGGUUAAGGGUAGUAUCUGUCACAUGAAAAGAGCACUCUAUGAUUUAGUGAAGGAGGAGAACAACCCUGUUGGGUAUGGGAUGAAUCUCAUGCAAGUAAAGAUCGCGAGUGAGAAAGGGAGCUCUGGUAUUGGAUGGCAGGGGAAAUGUUAUUGGGAUCCUACAUGGAGGCUUGGGAGGUCCAUUCUCUUACUUUGUCUUGCUCUGUCGCAUACUACCGUUCCUGAGAAAAUAUGGCAUAGAUCCGUGUGUGGGGUAGUAAUUUGUCCAUGCUCAUUCCUGUCCAGAGGACAUGCCACUCCCACUGCUAUUGGUGUUUCUUGACAGCAAUGUUGGUUCCGAUUGCUUCAUUGGCAAGUACAUGCACAAAUGGAGACCACCCUGCAGCAGUUCAUGAAGUUGGAGUCAAGUUAUCUCUCUGUUGACAAACAUUAUCUUACGUCGCUCUCUGGUUUGAACUCCAUGUUAGGAUACACUACGUGACGUUUCUGUCUUAUCUAAACCGAGCUCUGCCUUCUGUUACCAGUUGAGUUUAUGAGUUACGGGGUCCACAGGGCCAACCUUAGGCAUCGAUGCUAUUUUGCUUAAGAUAUACUCCCUCCGCUCCAAAAUAGAUGACCCAACUUUGUACUAAAGUUAAUACAAAGUUGGUUCAUCUAUUUUGGAACGGAGGGAGUACGUAUGACUUUCUGCAUGGUCAGUUCUUUUUUCUGGGUUUAAUCUGAAUGGUAUCCCCGUUGGUAUUGACUUCU